CUUCGUUCUGGAACAACAUAGGUAGCAGGUAGCAGACGCAGCCAUGUCAUCUGCUCACAGGCCCACAUGGGACCCGGCGCAGGGCCGGGCCGAUGACCGGCACCGCUCGCAGCGCUUCUCGUCGCAGCAGAUGCCUGCGCACACCAAGCUCAAGUUCCGCGCGCCCCAGCAGCAGGUCAAUCCACAGGCGGCCGAGGCGAAGAGCGGCGAUGUGCUGGCGAGGAGGGACCUCAGGAAGGAGCUCGAGGCGGCCGAGAGAGUGAGCAUCAACAAAAAUCGGAAAGCGCAGGGGCUGGCGCCACUCGAAGACGAGGACGAGGAUGCCAAGGAGAUUAGAGCAAGCGAGGGUGCGGGGGUUGAGGAGGAAGAGGAGGACGCAAAGAGGAGGAGGCUUCUCCAGGAAGCAGAGGCGGAAGAUGACGACGACGACGACGACGACGACGACGACGAUGGGCCUCCAGCCAAAGCGAACGGAGCGGCAGGCAAGGGCAAGGCAAAGGAGAGUGCAUCCGGUUCUGGGUCAGACUCAGACUCGGACUCAGACUCGGACGACGACGAUGACGAAGAGGACGAGACGGCGGCGCUGAUGCGGGAGCUGGAAAAGAUCAAACGCGAGCGGGCCGAGGAGAAGGCGAGGCUGGAGCGCGAGCGGGCGCAGGUCGAGGAGAGCAACCGCGAGGACGAAAUCGCACUGGGCAAUCCGCUGCUCAACCUCGAAAACGCCAUGGGUGGAGCGGGAGCAGGCGCAGGUGGCGCCGGGUCAAUGGGCCGAAAGGGAGGCCAGGCCGACUUUGGCGUCAAGCGGCGGUGGGACGACGAUGUCAUCUUCAAGAACCAGGCGGCCAACGACGGUGGCGACAAGAGCGGCUUCAUCAACGAUCUUACCCGCUCCGAGUUUCACAAACGCUUCCUCCAUCGCUACGUUCGAUGAGACGGGUCAGGCACGGGGCCACACUUGUGGAUUAGAUUCGAGUCAAGAAUGGAUGUUCAUGUACAAUGGUG